AUGGCCUCGACAUACUUCUACGGUCACCACCAACAGCACCACCAGCAACAGCAUCACCACCAGCAGAGCCAUGCUGUCAAUGCUCACCUGCAAUCCAACAACCACCACGGCGGUCGCCGGAGGGCUCCGCGAGUGGCCUCGCAGAACGCUCAGCGCCAGUUCCGCGGCGUCAAGAGCAUGAGGGAACUCGCCGAGGCUCCCACCGUGACUGCUUUCCGUCUGCGCUUCGAGGCUGGUCGCUCGUUUGACCUGGACGAUGACUUGGAGUUCUGCCCCAACCUGCUCACAGAAGACGAUCUACACUCAAUCCACUCCUCCGUCUCGGACCGAUCGUCUCUGUCGAGCGGAUCUCCAGACUCAUCCCCUUUGCAGCACCAGAUCCAGCCCGCCCAGCAGGUGACGCCAAGCAUUUCUCUUUCUCCCGGCCCGUCAACAUCCUACGUCAACAACGUUGCCGCGGCCACCAUGAGCAAUAAUAUUAAUGCCAUGCACUUCCAGCAGCCUGCGGCUGCCCGUGCGAGGAAAGUCAUUCCUAUUAUCAACCCCCAGACUGGCACUACCAUGUCCAGUCCCCCUACCUCCAUCAACCCAGGUAUGGUGCAGGCCCAGCGACGGUGGUAA